AUGUGGCACGUGGGGAUUUUCCCUGCGAUCGCUGGCUUGUUGUUGGCCUUGCUGCUUGUUUGCAAAAGGAUGUCAUCGGAAUUGGCGGUGUUGUCUGGGCAGAAUGUGGAGAAGGAAUCCUCAUCAGAAUGCCUUCCCAUUCGUAUUGGCCUGAGGCCCGGGCACACAGGCAACCAGCCUGGACCCCAACCCUCUCCUUCUCUGACCGAGCCACGGAUCGCAAAGAAGGUUAGAGAUGCGGCUCUGGGUCUCUCACGCGAUGAGGCAUUUCUUCUAGGGCUCGGUAUCCCAAUUCUGAAAGGAAAAUGCAGGGAGUGGCGUCGCCAGCCCACGGUUUGGGAGGGAUGA